GGCCGGGUGCGGGGUCCCCCCGUGGCCCCGGGCGGGGCCAUGAUCGCCGUGUCCAUCCCCGCGGCCGAGGCGCAGGCGGCAGCGCGCAGCCCCGACAGGGCGCACACGGUGUUCCGGGUGGAGGUGCUGUGCAAUGGCCGGCGGCACACGGUUGCGAAGCGUUACAGCGAGUUCCAGGCGCUGCACAAGCGGAUCAAGAAGACCUGCAAGGUCCCUGACUUCCCCCCACGCCACGUCCCCAACUGGAUGCCCAAAGUGCUGGAGCAGCGCCGGCAGGGCCUGGAGCUUUACAUGCGGGGUGUCCUGUACCACAACGCGGAGCUGCCCCAGGACGUGCUGGACUUCCUGAAGCUGCGGUGCUGCCAGCAGGACCCCAAGGGCAGCAGCUCCCUCAGUGCCAGUCGCCCGCCCUCCCAGCGCCCUGUUGUUGGCUUCUGCACCGAUCCCUAUGCGCAGCCUCCAGGCACCCAGCCGCUCCCUGACACCAUCCUCAGGGGGGUGCUGCAGGGCCUCUACCUCCCCCCUAGAAGCACCCCUGGCCAGGCAGCGCCCUGAGCACCCACCCUGCACCCGGGGCUGCAGGGGUGACG